AUGGGGGCGAAAAACCUCACCCCUACAGCAACAGAAUUCAUCUUGGUGGGACUCUCCAAUGACCGCAACACACAGAUUCUCCUCUUUGUGAUCAUUCUUCUCAUGUACAUAUUUAUCCUUGUUGGGAAUCUAGGGGUCAUAGUGCUAGUACGAUUGGACUCCCACCUCCACACCCCCAUGUAUUUUUUCCUCUCACAUCUUUCAGGCGUGGAGAUCUCUUUUGUCACCACCAAUGUACCCCAAAUGCUGACCCACCUUCUAAUUGGCCGUGCAGAAUUGUCCUUAAUACACUGUGCCUUACAGAUGUACAUGUCUUUGUCUCUGGGUUCUGUUGAAGCCAUUCUGCUAGGAGUCAUGGCUUACGAUCGAUACUUAGCCAUCUGCCAUCCCUUAGUAUACACCACAGCCAUGAGAAAAUGGCGCCAGUUCCAGCUUGCCUCAGCUUGUUGGCUAGCUUGCUUUAUAAUUGCUGCAAUAUGUGUGGGCAUCACCUUUCAGCAUCCUUUCUGUGGCUCCUGCUGCAUCAACCACUUUGUCUGUGAGAUACCAGUAGUUUUGAAGCUUGCGUGUGAUGACACCUACAUUACAGAAUCUGUCAUUGUUAUGUUUGCAGCAGUUGUCAUUGUGGGACCCUUUUCAGUUAUCUUGACCUCCUAUGGCCUCAUUCUGAUCUCUGUGUUGCAAAUACGGUCAGUCAGUGGACUUCGCAAGGCCUUCUCUACAUGUGGGUCCCAUUUAUUGGCAGUUAUCAUGUUCUAUGGCACAACCACCCUUAACUACAUUAUACCCCAAGCAGGAAAAUCUGCUGAUUAUGACAAGCAGAUUGCUAUGUUUUACCUCGUGGUCACUCCACUUCUGAAUCCUCUCAUUUACACUCUGCGGAACAAGGAUGUCCGUGAGGCAGUGGCCAAGGUGCUACAAAGACGGGGUUUGUGA